AGCUAAAUCUCGCCCUGCAUAUGUGCAUUUAGGAAGCACAUUUUUGAGAUGUUGUUCAGCUGCACAGUGCAAGUCCAUUUCGACGAAUUUGCACAAGAUCCACUGACAGACUGACUUGAUGUUGCCAUGAAGCACGUGGCGUAUUUGUUUGCGAAUGCAAAGGUCACAGUGAGAGUCAUAAACCUACGGCACCAGCAAACGAUGUCCUCGCAUCUGCGCAUCAUUGUUGUGUGUUUUUGCUGGAUUAUCUCACUUCUGACAUUUGAAACGGAAGCGGCGCCGCGCUUUACCAAGGAUCACUUGGGAUGCCGACAAUAUGCCAUGGCUAGGUCAAUCGCCAAUUUCACCCUACUUCAUCAAUACAAUAAAUCAUCACAGAGCUACUGGCCUCCAGGUGCAACAUUGGCUUCAAAAGGCUCGGAAGAAGGUGAAUGUGCUCUGAGGUGCCGGGAUAUGGUCGAUGCGGUAGCUCUCAUUUCGGCAAUUGCAGGUGACAGUUUCCUUGGUGCUGAUGCCAUCUACUUGCUUCAAGCUCAAAAAGCCUACCUCUCCAGCCCAGACCCGUGCGCCGGGGAUAGUGGAGCCUGUCUUGACUAUUAUUACGAAGAGUUCAAUGAUCACGGUGUUGCAACCUGCAAUUGCUUUGCUGUGAUUCUCAUCAUGCGAGUACACAAGCACUUGAAGGAGGAGAAAUGUGAUACAGGUGAUGUUGUAAAGCGACUCAAUGCCGGCUUCGCACCCUAUGGCUUUCAAUUCAACAAGGACGCCAUCAAGGAUGACGUACACUGCGGCGCUCGUGGGGCCAAUGAGUGCACACUAAGCGACCUAGUGGGUUUCAGGAAAAUGGAUGUUUGCCAUCCAACACGCGACUAUACUGAAGCCACGGGCUUAUGAGCAGCAUCCGUGAGAGCAGAAUCAAGCCGCUCGGAAGUUGCCCCGGGUGGCUACAUAGAUUAUGAGGCAAGACGUAUCUUUAGCUGCCCUUCGCCCCCGUUUGAAUGAUGAUGUGCAGAUGUCACUAAUUUGAUGCUUAGC